AUGAGUGCAAUAAUAACACCAUUCAAGAGAUUGAAAUGGGGGUUCAUUCCUCAAAGAAGAGUUGUUGAUGAAGAUGAAUUUGGAAAUUUCAUAGACUCAGAACCAGAAUCAGAAAAUUCUUCAUUACAAAAAGAUUUAACAGAAAAAAAUUCAGUAACUAAUAUAACUUUAAAUGAUCAAUCACGUGACGACACUGUCAAAUAUGAAUAUAGAGAUGAAUCAAAUAGACCAUGGUGGAAAUUCUUUGAUGAAUAUGAAUAUAGAGUUAAAUCAAAUACCAAGCAUAAUAGAAAAUGGUAUCAUUGGUUUCAUGAAGAUGAUACUUGGGCUGAAAAAAAAUUGAUAUUGAAAUUGGACUUGUUAUUAGCUGGUUAUUCUAUGAUGGCUUAUUGGAUUAAAUACUUGGACACUGUUAAUUUGACAAAUGCAUAUAUUUCAGGUAUGAAUCUUCCCAGAUCAGCUGGUGGUAUAAAUAUGGUAGGGAAUGAUUUGAUUAAUACUCAAACAGUUUUUAAUGUUGGUACGGUUGUCUUUCAAAUUCCAUUUGCAUUCAUUGUUUAUAUGUAUCCUAUGACAUAUGUUCUUCCAUCAAUGGAUCUUGGUUGGUCAAUUUUAACUAUUUUGGCAGCUGAAGUAAAGAGCGCAGGAGGUUUGCAAGCUGUAAGAUUUCUUAUAGGAGUUUGCGAGUCAGCUUUCUAUCCAGCUUAUCACUCGUUAUUAGCAUCAUGGUAUAGGUCUGGAACUGGUGAAUUAGCAAGAAGAGCGGGCUUUUACUACCUUGGGCAGUAUCUAGGAGUUCUAACAUCAGGUUUAAUAUCAGGAGCUGUAGCUAGAACUUUUGGUCAUAUACCAGGUCAAACUUGGAGAUGGAUUUUCAGAAUUGAUGGUAUUGUGAGUGUAGCAGUUGGAAUAAUCGGAUUCUAUGUCAUUCCUGGAACUCCUGCAGAUUGUUAUAGUAUAUUUUUAAGUGAUGAAGAAAUUAAACUUGCUAGAAGAAGAAUGAAGAGAGAUAAUGCAGGAGAAAGACCAAGACAUGACGCAAUUAAACAAUUUUUUGAUAAAAAUGUUUGGAAAUCCAUUUUUACUUCAUGGCAUUUUUACGUGUUAUCAAUUUGGUGUAUAUUUUUAUGGAAUAAUGCAAGUGGUCCACCAGGUGCUUACCCAUUGUGGUUAAAAUCAUUGAAGAAUGAAGAUGGAACUCCUAGAUACGUUGGUGGUCAAUUACAAGACUUUACAGCACUUACACCAGCGUUAGGUUUGGGGUAUUUAAUACUUGUUUGCUUGUUUGCUGAUUUAUUCAAGUCUAGGUGGGCUGCAAUAGUGAUCUCUCAAGUUUUCAAUUUCAUUGGUAAUUUGUUAUUGGCAAUAUGGGAUAUACCUGAAGGUGCUAAAUGGUUUGCUUGGUGUUUACAAUAUUUUAGUUGGAGUGCUGCUCCGGUAGUUUAUGCUUUCCAAGGAGAUAUUUGUCGUAUGGAUUAUAGAAAAAGACAGGUAUUAUUGUUUUCUAUGAACAUCAUCGCUCAAGCUUGUUCAGUCUGGAUUACAAGGUUAACAUGGCCAACGGUUGAUGCUCCAAGAUUUUUGAAAGGGUUCAGUUUUAUUACAGCAUCAACAUUUGCUUUAGUCUUAUGGACAUUUGUGGUUCUAUAUUUUUACAAGCGUCAAGAAAGGCAAAAUGCUCUAGCUAAUGGGAUUAAGUUUGUGAAUGACCCAGCAGAUAAAGAAAGUAUAGUUGAUAAAUAG